AUGGCUGCCACUGGUGUCCCGCAGCCGCUACUCAAGCUAUGGCACAUACUCAGCACAUACGUCCUGACGACACCGUUCUUCGGCCUUUGUCUCCAGGGCGCCCUGCUGAUACUCGUGCUUCUGGACACCAAUGUCACGCUGUUGCUCAAAAGAGAAGCGGCCUUGGGGCAUGUGCCGGAGAGCACUCAUGACUGGGUGACCAUCGGCGCGGGCUUAGUAGAGUUUGGUCUAGGCGCACUCAUCGCGUGGUGUGGCCAAGCCAGGAAGAACUUUGCCUUGUCUUUUUGGCUAACAGCGGCCGCCGCUGCCGGCCUGCUUGUGCUAGCCUUUCCUUUUAAAGACACUACUGACUCCACUGUGGAGCUAUGUGGCGGCGAGGAAAUAACAUCGUACUACAAAACCAUUGAGAACCCCGAAGACGAUCCCUGGGUCCCUCGCGUCGCCAUGCUGUGCUUGACUGCCGCCUUCUGCGUCCUCGCGCGUCUCAGUCUGUUCGCGCAUGGCUUCGUUUAUGUGGACGAUCAUGAGCCUCAGCAUGGAGCGUAUCGUUACGGAAUACUGAUCACAAUCCGCCUCUCCCUGGGCCUGAACGGCGUGAACUGGCUGACUCCGUCCUCCACCCGAGACGAGUGGUGGCACUCUCACCUGUCCCUCUGUAUGCUGACGAUCAUGUUCGCGAUACUGUUCACUCUGUUCCCGAGACGCAAGACCCAGAAUAAGGGGGCUGACGGUGAAAUGGUCAGCAAAGAAUUAUUCUCAACACUGUGUCGCGUGCUCCGCAACAAGAUUGUUGUGGUCCAGAGCAUCGCGAUCGCAUUUCUCUCCGCCGCUGUGUUCGGCUUCGUGCGAUUUGAUGACGACAUUGUCGAGGCUCAAUUCCACAUUGAGACCAAACGACAGGAUCCGCGCGCUUCGCGGCAAGUCACCAACAUUUUCCGAACUUUGGUCAUCGUCUUUUUCGUCAUGAUAUUCCGCACCCGUUUCUCGGGCCGCCGGAGCGACGGCGUGAAGGCGACGACUUCGGCGCGCGUCGGCGGUGUCGUGGCGAUAGCCACCGCUGUACCCUUAGUGGUGAUCAGCUUACUGGGCUGCAACAUUGGAGACAUAGCCGGGAGCCACGCGGAGUACGGGCUACCGGUGUGCAGCAUGCAGUGCGGGUGUUCAGCCGACAGCUACGGCUUCAGUCCGGUAUGCACUAUCAACACCACCACCACGUACUUCUCACCGUGCCUCGCCGGCUGCCAAGAGGUUGAAGAUCUCAACGGAUUUCUAUUGUUCUCCGAGUGUUCGUGCGGUGGCGGGCGCGCGGCGCGCGGGGCGUGCUCUCUUUCCGACUGCGCGUUUGUUUUCAACAUAUACCAGCUGCUGUUCGCGCUGGUGCUGUCCAUGGCAGGAGCCGCCCUCCUCAUGCAGAGUAUGGUGAUCGUCCGCUCCGUGCUGACUGAUGACAAAGCCGUGGCCCUGGGGACUUCGUUCGCGGUCACAGCUCUCCUGUCCCACAUACCUGGCUACAUGCUUUACAUGCUGAUCAGCUCCUUAAGCUGCGCAUACACAGCCAACGGAGGCUGCCUGUUCCACUACCCGUCUCUCUGGUCCAUGGCACUUCUGAGCGCGGGCUUCUCUGCUGUCUCCGGAGCGCUAAGUUUGGUCACAAGUCGUUUGGCUCGAUCAAUAUCAUAG